GAAUCAAUUUAGCCAAGUCAAUGUAAUUUGUGAAUGGCUCCCACGUAGCAUAAACACUGUAUUAUUAAAAAUUGAAAAAUGUGGAAAGAACAACAUCGUACAAACCCGGCCCGGCUAUGUUGGGUUACCCGACGAUUUGUCUGGUUGUUGCCUCCUGUAUGAAUCGUGACGUCAUCCACCCAUCCCUAUUUAAUAUUUACCUUCUCCUUGCCCGUGCUGUAUCGAAAGAGUUAUGGGAGGUAAGGAGGUGUGUAUAUCAUCCUCCAAUCUUCACAAAAACCUUCAGUUUCCAUCUUGAUUUUGUACCAUUUUUGUUCCUUUUUUCUGCAAUUUUAAGCCCUCUGCUAAUUUGUUACCACAAUCGACUCCAAUAAUCGUAAUCGAGGGCAAAGCCAAGGAAGCUGAAUUUAUAAAAUCACAUGGAAAAUGGAAGUUAAGGUGGAUAUCGAGAGUGGCGAAGCACGAAAUGAAUCUCACACGAAAACCGAGUCGAAUUCAGGCAGCAAAUGGGGGAAGAAGAAAACAUUGAACAAACUCUUUGGUGGAGUAUUGGGAUUCAAUGGACUUGUUGGGCCCACAACAAAGCCCAAUGUCAUUUGUGGAUCUGAGGUGGAAUAUCCGAAGGAGCCGAUCCAAGGGCCUGCACCGAAAGUCGAGAUAGAGAACAAAAAGGGCGGGAAAAUUAAGAAAGCUCCAAAGCCCCCUCGCGCACCCGGGACCCCGUCUUUGAACGCUGCUGACAUUCGGCUGAUAAAAGAAAUAUCCAAGAUUGCUAUGAAGAAAAGGGAGAGAUUCGAACGAAUAAAGGCUUUGAAGAAGAUGAAAGCGGCUCGAUUGCCACUGUCAUCAUCAUCCUCGUCAUCGUCAUCUUGCAGCACUAUUUCGGCCAUGGUCAUCACGAUUUUGUUUUUUCUACUGCUAAUCUUCCAAGGGAUUGGUGGCAGAACUAGUUCGAAUGUGAGGCCAGCACGAGAGUCGAGAGGGACUUGACACCUGUUCGGUUCUACAAGAAAACGGAGCAAAUUUCAUGUGAAUAACCGUUGAAUGCUCGACUCUGUGAAUGCAGUCUGCACAAGUACAGGGAAAGCGUUCGAGCAGCUCGAUUUGGGGGGGAAAUUUUCUUUAUUUGGUUUAUCUCUUCAUUUUUUGUGUUAAGAGGUUGAACCAUUAGGGCAAGUUUUUUGCUCUGUGCACAUCUAAAUUCUACCUGGAUUGUGUAGUUCUGUAAUGCAAUUGUCUUAUGUUUCAGUUUGUAAUUUUAUAUAUGUGAAUCAUCACAAAUGGUAAAUAUACCUUUAUGUACAAUA